ACGGAAGCGCCCGAGCGGUGGGGAAGCCACCAGUGGAAGAGGUAGAGCAGGCAAAGACGGGAAGGAGGGAAAGACAGACUGUGGAGGAGAAAGACACAAGGCAGGGAGACAGACAGACACAAGACGGGGAGACAGCCCCCCGAAAACAGAGCGUUUCACCUCGGCUGACCGUCUGCUACGUUCCGAACACGUCACUUCUUUGGUCUGAUAAAAGCUGAGGGGAUAUUUGACUGGCCUUUUCUUAUUUCACAACCGAAGGAAACAACGUAAACACAGCCGCAGUGAUCCCAUCAUCCUUGGCCGUGUGGAUAAUCUAGCUGCCUUUAUCUGAAGGGAUGCCCUAUUGAUUCGUGCUUUCUAACAAAGCCCAGUGAUUACAGUGAGGGUGUUGGAAAGGCCUUGAUCACAGCUAUGUCAACAUUUCGUGAGGAUAUUUCAAGUCAAGGAAGACUACAGUAAACGACCGACUGGGGUUUGAUUGUUCAACUGUUACAAGAGGGUUCAGGAUCUUUUUUUGGAAACCUACACCUGUCAGUUUUCAGCGUCUUCUUGUCUGAGUUUUGUGUAUUUUUUGAGCAUGUGUUUGUGAUCAUUCAUCAGAACCAGACCUACUUUUGACGCUACAGUAAUCACACCGCAAGAUUUCACCAUGUACGGUAGCUCCCGAUCCGUCUCAAAGCUGGACGUUGUUGGAUCAAAUGGAAACGGGUCAAUGUCAGGGAGCCCCGGUCGCUCCCCCCGCCUCCCUCGUUCCCCACGCCUCAGCCACCGUCGAAACAGCAGCAGCAGCUCCACCGGGGGACUCACUGGCUCUGGUAAAACCCUCUCCAUGGAGAACAUUCAGUCCCUAAAUGCUGCCUACGCUACAGGCGGUCCGAUGUACUUCGCUGACACAAUUGACGACCCAAUCGGCAUCGGGAGCCUGGGCAGCGGGUUGAAUCCCUCACUGCCCAAAAACACCAUGACCCUGGGCAGGGCUGGGGCCAGGAUUCCUUACGGGAUCAGAGCGGCCAUCAUGGGAAGCAGUCCUAACAUUAACAGUGGAGGAGCGCUCAUGCCCAGUGAUGCCAUAGCAUUUGGUGGGGACAUGCAAACCCAGCCUCCACAAGCGGCUACUGUGCCCCACUCCAUGAGACAGGUGAGAGAAGGUGCAAUGACAGACCUGCAGACACAGUUACGAGAAGUGCUCAGAGAGAAUGAACUGCUGCGCAGAGAACUGGAGGCCAAAGAGUCCAAGUUGAGCUCCUCCAUGAACUCCAUCAAGACCUUUUGGAGCCCAGAGCUGAAGAAAGAGCGAGCUCUGAGGAAGGACGAAGCCACAAAGAUAGCCGUGUGGAAGGAGCAGUACAGAGUGGUGCAGGAGGAGACACAGCAUCUUCAGUGCUCCAUCCAGGCUUUACAAGAUGAGCUCAGAAUUCAGCGAGACCUCAACCAGCUCUUCCAGUCCGAUUACUCAGAGUCCGGUCUCUUUGGAAACCAGGGGCUGACCCCUCAGGAUAUGACGGAGGAGAACUUCCUGCGUAUGCACAGCGAGUACGAGCGACAGGUCAAGGAGCUCUACCUCUUGAGGAAGACCCUGGAGGAGAUGGAGCUGAGGAUCGAUACACAGAAACACACAUUAACCGCCAGGGAUGAAUCUAUAAAGAAGUUGCUGGAAAUGCUGCAGAGUAAAGGCCUGUCAGCGAGGGCAACCGAGGAAGACCAUGAACGAACCAGGCGAUUGGCCGAUGCAGAGAUGACCAUCCACCAGCUGGAGGGCCUGCUGGAGCAAAAAGACAAGGAGAUGCUACAACUCAGAGAGGAGCUGCACAGGAGAUAUGAAGCAGCUCCAGAAUCAACCAAGACGAAGGCCCUGCAGACAGUCAUCGAAAUGAAGGAUGCGAAGAUCAGCUCAAUGGAUCGUGGCUUAAGAGAGCUGGAAGAGGAGGUGAAAAUGCUCAAGUCCAACGGAGCUCUGAGCAGCGAGGAGAGGGAGGAGGAGCUCAAACAGAUGGAGGUCUACAGAUCCCACUCCAAGUUCAUGAAGAACAAGGUUGAGCAGCUGAAGGAAGAGCUCUCUCAAAGCCAAUCAGAGAAGGAGGAGCUAAAGCAACGAGCCAAUGAGAUUCAGCAGGAGGGGUCUGCAAUGGAUCAGGCAAAGCAGGAGCUGAGCCGUAAGGACAGCGAGCUUCUGGGUUUCAGGACCAAACUGGACACUUUAGCAAAUCAGUUUUCUGACAGCAAACAACACGUGGACGUUCUCAAGGAGUCACUCACUGCCAAAGAACAAAGAGCCGCCAUUCUCCAGACUGAGGUGGAUGCUCUGCGUCUGCGUCUAGAGGAAAAGGAAUCACUUCUCUCUAAGAAGAGCGGGCAGAUAUCAGAGCUGACGGAGGAGAAAAGCACUCAGAGUGGAGAGAUCUCCGACCUCAAAGACAUGCUGGACGUCAAGGAGCGCAAAGUCAAUGUGCUGCAGAAGAAGAUCGAGAACCUUCAGGAUCAGCUGAGGGAUAAAGAGAAGCAGCUGACCGGUCUGAAAGACAGAGUCAAGUCUUUACAGACGGACACCUCAAACACAGACACAGCACUGGGAACACUGGAGGAGGCUCUGGCUGAGAAGGAGCGAAUCAUCGAGCGGUUGAAGGACCAUCGGGAGAGGGAGGACAGAGAAAAGGGGGAGGAGCUAGAUACCAACAAGAAGGACCUGAAGGAGUUGAGGGAGAAAGUGUCCCAGCUGCAGGCUGACCUGGCUGACCGUGAGACUUCAGUGUUGGAUCUGAAGGAGAAGGCGUCCUCUCUGGCUUCGUCCACUCUGAAGAAGGAGAACAGGCUGAAGAGUCUUGAGAUCAGCCUGGAGCAGAAGAGAGAGGAGUGCAUCAAACUUGAGAACCAACUCAAAAAGGCUCACAGUGCAGCGUCAGAUUCCCAGGCCAGCCCUGAACUCUCCAACCGCAUCUCCAGCCUGGAGGAGGAAGUGGCCCAGCACAAAGAGGAUGCUGGGAAAGCCCAGUCCGAGGUGGAGCGGCUUUUGGAGAUCCUGAGGGAGAUGGAGAACGAGAAGAACGACAAGGAGAAAAAGAUUCAUGAAUUGGAGAGGCAGAUAAAGGACCAGUCAAAGAAGGUGGCCAACAUGAAGCAAAAGGAGCAGCUGGAGAAGAACAGGAACGCUCAGCUGGUGGAGGAGGCCAAGAAGAGGGAGGACAACCUGAACGAGAGCUCCCAGCAGUUCAAGGACUCCCUCCGCCUGAAGGAGGAGCGUAUCGAGGAGCUGGAGGAGGCGCUGAGGGAAAGCGUUCAGAUCACGGCGGAGAGGGAGGUGGUGCUCGCCCAGGAGGAGCAGGCACGCACACAUUCCGAAAAACAGGUGGAGGACCUGCUGGUUGCCAUGGAGAGGGUAAAACAGGAACUGGAGGUGAUGAAAGCAAAGCUGUCAUCGACUCAACUCUCACUGGCCGAGAAGGAAGGUCACCUGACCGCCCUGCGAGCCGAGAGGCGGAAGCACCUGGAGGAGGUCCUGGAGAUGAAGCAGGAGGCUCUGCUGGCAGCCAUCAGUGAGAAAGAUGCCAACAUCGCCCUGCUGGAGCUCUCCUCGUCCAAGAAGAAGAAAACCCAGGAUGAGGUGGCAACUCUGAAGAGGGAGAAAGACGGUCUGGUUCAUCAGCUCAAACAGCAGACUCAAAACCGGAUGAAGCUGAUGGCGGACAACUACGAGGACGACCACCUGAAGGUCUCCUCUCCAAACUCAGAUCAGCCCAACAAUCACAAGCCCUCCCCAGACCAGAUUCUCUCUCCUCUCCUGGACCUCAAUCAGAAUCGCAGUAAACUGAAGCUGUACAUCAGUCACCUGACCUCACUGUGUCAGGAGCGAGACCCAAUCAUACUUCAGGACUUUGCCCCGCCCCCUGCCUAUCACCGCUCUGACUCCGCCUCUUGGCAAACGCAGCUGCACAGCAUGACGCAGGAACAGUUGGAGGCAGAGUUAGCGCUGUGCGAGAGGGAGGGGGCGGAGCUCCAGGAGUACGCCAACCAGGUCCUGCAGCAGAUCGCCGACCGAUGCCCCGACAUUUUGGAACAAGUUGUCAACGCUCUGGAGGACAGCUGCUGACACAAGGAAGAAAAAAAACACACACACUGACAGACACAUAAAUAAAUGUUACAUCACACAAAGUCAGACAACACAUAAACAACAACACAAAACCCUGAUGCAUCACGGUGUUGGACAUGAGGAUGAAGACUGUCUCUUUAACUUGCACUCAUUUCGUUUUCACACAAGGGAAAGGUGAUCUGAGGGGAAAAAUCACAUCAUUACUAAAAGAAUUAACUUCCACUGUGUUGAUAAUCCCUGUUGUUUUGAACAAACUGUCUCAGCUGUGGGAAGAACUGUUCAUUUUUCACUUCAAAGCGCUCUGCUGGUAUAAGAGUGAUUGGAAUUAGUCAGAAAUUAAACACGUAUGUUCUUUACUACCACAAACAGAGGAAGCCUGCACUGCACUUACCAUCUGUGACACUUGACUGUGGCUAUCUUGUGUCCUCCCAGGCAAUCAGCAGUCACUCACCAUGAAUUCACUUAUAUUCUGGAGAUUUUCAAACUGUAUAAAAGGGGUGACAGUGACUUCCCUCGUUCCAGGUAAUAUCUAAUGCCAGACUUACACGCUGUUACCACAUUUUGAUUUGAUUGGUUCAGAUAUCAAAGUGUUUAUUUCAGCUGCCUUUGAUUCUUUACGUCAUUUGCUGCUAUCUUUUUCACUUUCACUUUAUUUCUUUCCAUUUCUUGUUUUUUUUUUCUUGUCUGAUAUCUGAUGAAACGUCCUCACUUGCAGUUUCCCUCAUCAGUAACCUCUACAUAGUUGUGUAAAUUGUACAGCUCUCAUCAGGGGAACACGACACUUUCUGAUCUUUGUUUUUCUUUACUGAUGAAAGGCGCUAAUCGCAAAACUCCCUUUAUUAAGAAACAGACCGGUAUAGAUGUUUAGUUUGUUUUGAGGAGACAGGACUUGCUCAGUCCAUACUGAAAUUAGAGAUCAGAUAAUCCCUCACUUACCCCUUUUGUGACAAUCCUGUGAGAGUUUCUGUGGAGGAAUCUGAACUAUCUGAUUUUCCUGUGUUGAAAUUUUUUGUUUAUUUUUUGGGAGGGAGAGAGAUUUAAAAAAAAAAGUAAUAACUAUAUAUUUUUUGCCUUUGCCUUUGGUAAUAUAUAUUAACUUUAGUCUUGUUCAUUUGAAAAUAUGGUUAUGUAUUGGUUUUUAUGUGACACAAUAUGUCUGUUUGUUUUCUGCGUGAUUGAAAAGUCACCAAAAAGAUGUUCUGCAACAAAGAGGACUGUUGUUGGGAAUGUACACUGCACCUGCAAGCAUCUCUGCAGAGCCGCUGAAGUCCUGCAAAAACAACUACUUUCAUCUUGUGCACACAAGUGAACAUCUUGUGUGCAUGAGAAAAUCAUCUUGUGUGCACAUGAUAGUAACUUUUGUGCAAAAGAAAUUCACUUUUGCACACACAAUAGAUAACUUGUUGCCCACAAGAUAUCUUGUUCACACAAAAUAACAACUUGGGCCCACAAGAUAAUUUAUAUUGUGGGAACAGGUUGUUUUUUGUGCACAAGAUAAAUAACUUGUUCUCACUAGAAAAUUCCAUAUGGCACAAGACAAUGCCUGCAAGAUACAUUGUCUUGUGCGGACAACAUAAAUAGUGAUCACCUUAUGGGACUUCAGGGGCUCCAUGCAUCUCUGUGGGACGGAGAAGUUGUUCCCCUUGUUUGCGUUGGAAAUGACACUGAUGCAUGUUUCCCUCAGCGCAGACAGCCUUAGCAUGAAUUCAACGCUAACAGCACAGAGCACUGGAGGUUCACAUUGUUACAACUUGCAACUGAAAGAUCCUCUUUCCGUUUUUUGUUUUCUGUUUCUGUUUUUUUUUCCACAGAAAUACAUGUCAGGCAAACAGCCUAGAAACAGGGAUUCUGAAACUGAUUCUACCUUGUCAUAAACCUCUAACAGGCACUUUAGCUGUGUAUUAUAAAAAACCACAUGGGUGUAAAUGAGGAGUUUCAAUCUAAACCAUUUACAUUUCAUUUGCUUUUUUUUUUUUCAAAUGUCACCAGUUUCAAGUUACUAAAAGCUUUAAUGAUUAUAAAGACUUCCUGAAGCAUUUCAGUUGUUCUCAUUUUGGAAUGAAACUCCAUCCAGAACAAGCUUGUGUUGAAAGUCCAGUGUUUUAUUGUGUCUGUUUUUUACUGAAAAAAAAACGUUUUUUCUUUUGGGAGUUGUGAUGACCGGGGCUCACCGUCACUUUGUCGUGGAUACGAUUUGGGAAAGAGAGAAUGGAAUAAAGUUUGAAUUUAUCUUUUUGUUUUAUUGCAAAA